AUGGCGGGCUGGUGGCCGGCGUUGCCGCGCGCGGCCUGGCUCCACCCGUGGCCCACCAACGUGCUGCUCUACGGCUCGCUCCUCUCGGCCGGCGACGCGCUGCAGCAGCGGCUGCAGAGCGGCGAGGCCGACUGGCGCCAGACGCGGCGCUUGGCCACGUUGGUGGUGACCUUCCACGCCAACUUCAACUAUGUGUGGCUGGGCCUGCCGGAGCGCGCGCUCCCGGGCCGGCCGCGCGCCGUGCAGGCCAAGUUGCUGUGCGACCAGGUGGUCGGUGCGCCCAUCGCGGUCUCGGCCUUCUAUGUCGGUAUGAGCAUUCUCCAGGGAAAGGAUGACAUAUUUUUGGGCCUGAAACAGAAAUUCUGGAACACCUAUAUGAGCGGACUGAUCUACUGGCCCUUUGUACAACUGAACAACUUCAGCCUUGUUCCUGUUCAAUGGAGAACAGCUUACACUGGAGUCUGUGGUUUUCUCUGGGCCACCUUCAUCUGUUUUUCCCAGCAGAGUGGUGAUGGCACAUUCAAGUCAGCUUUCACCAUUUUAUAUACAAAGGGGACCAGUCCCAUAGAAGGGUCCCCGGAGAAAUAAGAAGUCAAGGACUCUCUUAAAGGGACCACAUUUUUGACCUAAAAUGCACAGAAUUGCCUGCAGACAAAAUAUUUGAUGUGCCAAUUAUGCACUUCGUUUUGAGGAAUUACUACGAUUUAUAGACCCACUUUUUAAAAAAUUAUCAAUGAUUAUUUUUGAAUUGUGUUCAGACAUUUUUUCCUGAUCUAGUCUGAAAUAUUACUUCUGUAAUAUUUUGGUUAAUAUGAAUAACAGUGGCAAAACGGCAUUUUAGACUUAUUAAUAUUUCUAAUAUUUUAAUGCAAGUUUCAGGAAACUUGGUUUUGAUUGUUUAUAUUUCCAUUCUAAAAUCUCAGAUUAUCUCCUGAACACAUUUGGGCACAUGAAGUUUUAUACCAAAAAAUAGUUCUUAGAGUGAAUUUUAAUUUACAUAGAACUCAAUCGAAAUGAAGAUUUAAUAACCAGAUUUCUUUCCCCAAAACAUACAUAAUUUGUUAUUUUGAUACUAAA